UACAAAACUACCCUCUCCUGCCACGUCAUCGUAUCAAAUGGAUUAACCUUCCACCUGGUCCAAUAACAAGCCAGUAUCCCCCAACACCUAGCCAAUAAUAAUCAGCAUAUGGAUAUCGCCCCUAAAAAUCUCCUCCAUAUUUAGUCACCAGUCACCACCACCAUCAUUCAUCCACAACCACAACCACCACCACCACCACUAAAAUCCUCCAUUUCCAUUUCCAGAUUCAUACAUUCUUCUGGGAAUGGCUUCCCAUACAUUAAUGAGCUGCGGCAUCCCCGCCGUUGGCCGCCCCUCGCUUCUCUCCUCUUCCAAAUCAAGAUUCGCGACUGCUGUGCCACUUUCCGGAGUUACCACCAACGCAUCUCGGAUUUCCAUGUCCGCCGAGUGGAUGCCCGGACAACCACGACCACCGUACCUUGACGGAUCUGCACCUGGUGAUUUUGGGUUUGACCCACUUGGUCUUGGUGAGGUCCCAGAGAACCUUGAAAGGUUCAAAGAGUCGGAGCUCAUUCACUGCAGAUGGGCUAUGCUUGCAGUACCUGGGAUUUUGUUACCCGAAGCAUUAGGAUUGGGCAAUUGGGUAAAAGCACAAGAAUGGGCAGCCCUGCCCGGCGGGCAAGCAACAUACCUAGGGAACCCGGUGCCAUGGGGUACCCUACCCACAAUCUUGGCUAUCGAAUUCAUCUCCAUUGCAUUCGUAGAACACCAAAGGAGUAUGGAAAAAGACACGGAAAAGAAGAAGUACCCCGGUGGUGCUUUUGACCCAUUAGGCUACUCAAAAGACCCUAAAACCUUCGCAGAGUACAAGGUCAAAGAGAUCAAAAAUGGACGUUUGGCUUUGUUGGCAUUUGUGGGAUUUUGUGUGCAACAAUCGGCUUACCCUGGAACCGGACCCUUGGAGAACUUGGCAACUCAUUUGGCUGACCCAUGGCACAACAACAUUGGAGAUGUCAUUAUUCCUAAAGGAAUUUUCCCAAAUUAAUAUGCAACAUGCAUGCUUGCUUUUGAGCUCCAAAAUUCUCAUAUGUAAAGGCCUUGUAAAACUUCAUCAUGUAAUCAAAUGAACUUAUAUUAUAUUAGUGUCAAUUUCGAAGUUUGUGGUAACUUCUUAAAGAUUUCAUCAGAUUGUAUACAAUGAGUUAUCCUAAUCAAAAUCAUUUUAUUUCUCUAAGAGA